ACACAAAGAAACAAUGAAGAAUACUGAAAAUGAACCGUUUCUGCUCUCAUCAGAUCAAUCUCUCAAACCAAGAAGACCCAAGUCUCGGGAAGUAAGCUCCAGGUUUCUCUCGCCAACCUCACCUUCACAUAACAAUGGAACCCCAUCUCCAAACCAAGGUUCCUCAUCACCACGUCGCCCUAAACCCUCCUCUGAUGGUCGAAAGCAUCGGAGCCUUGAUGAUCCUGGAUUCAUUCGAGGCCUUUGGCCUUCUUCGUCGCCUUCACAAUCAUCAAACAACCAAAACAAUCAAGGCACUCUAGCAGAUCAUCUUGGAAAUGCAAGAUUGAAAGAUUUGUUAGACCACAAGAAAGAUGAAAAACCCACGAAGAGUAGCAGUGUGUUUUCACUUGGUAGGCAAAGGAGUACUGGUACUGUGUUUGGUAGGGUUGAAAAUGAUAAAGAGAAAGAGAGCACAAAAGAAAAUCAUAGACCAAUUCUUGGAGGAUCUGCGAGAUACACAGGGAAAUUUCACUUUCCGGGAAAAUCUUCUUCUUCAUCGUCAUCAUCCUCCUCGAAUUCAUCGUCUAAUAACAAUCAUGUUUAUGUUCCUGGAAGAUUAUCUGUUGAUGAAAAUGCCCUUUAUAAAAAUUCGAAAGAAGUUGGUGCAUCUCGGAGAAAUUCGGAUAUAUUUGAGGAUAAUCUCGAGUCAGAAAUAUCCGAGUGUAGUGAUAAACAUUCAGGAAAUGAUCUUUUUUCUCCAACUUUAGGAAGAAGUUCUAGGAAAUCUGGUGUAGAGGUCUCUUCUAAAUAUAUGAAUGAUAUACCAACAAGGCCACGGAGAUGGACAACGGAUGCUAAUGCUCAAACUGCAGUAUCAUUAGAGUCUUCUCCAAAAAUGAAGAAACUUACAAUGAAGAAUGUGAUUAAGAGAGCUAAUUCACUUACGGGGUAUGGGAGUGCCACAUCCCAGUGGGCCUUGUCACCAGGGCGAUCAGGGUCACCGCCGAUGUCAGUGGAAAGCAAGGAAAAGCUGAUGUCCUUUUCAAAUUUGAAACCGCCAUCAAAUCCGUCGAGGACUAAAGGUGUUGAGAAAUUGCUGAAUAUGGGUCUGGACUUGUUUAAGGGUAAGAAAUCUCUGUCAUCUAGUUCAUUGCUCUCAGGAUCUGGGAAUGUUGAGAACAUUCAUCAGCUAAGAAUGCUUCAUAAUCGGCUGAUGCAAUGGCGGUAUGCAAAUGUUAGAGCUGCUACUGUGAACUUGAACAUAAAUAAGCAAGUGGAGAACAAUCUGUUAUGGGUGCUGGAUAGUCUUUCAAAGCUUCGACUUUCUGUCGCACAAAGGAGAUUAAAGCUUCAGAAGGAAAAGCUCAAGAUGAAGCUAGACUUUGUACUUCACUCUCAAAUCAAAUUGUUGGAAGCUUGGGGAGACAUGGAAAGGCAGCACUUAUCUUCAGUUUCAAAGACUAAAGAGUGUUUACAUUCUGUUGUUUGCAGAGUUCCCCUCAUUGAAGGUGCAGAGGUUGAUCCACAAUCAGCUUCCAUCGCACUACGACAUGCAUCAGAUCUCUCAGCGUCCAUCAAGUCAGCAUUAUCUUCAUUUUCACCCUCAGCUGAGCAGACUGUUGCACUUCUCUCACAAUUAGCAGAGGUGGUUGCACAAGAGAAACUACUCGUGGAAGAAUGCCUAGAACUUCUUCAGACAGUAUCUGCACUACAGAUACAAGAGAAAAGUUUGAAGUGCUAUAUAAUCCAGUUUAAUUCGAAGCAACAACAACCGCAGCAGCAAGAACAACAAUCACAGCUACAAGAAACCCCUUCUUAGGCAGAAAUACAGGGAAUUGAAGGAGAAAUUUCUGUAGGUGACUAAAAGGGGAGGCUGUGAUUGAAUAGGGCAUGAUAAAAUGUAAUGUAGAUGUGAUUGUAAGCCACUUCAACUAGCUUCAAGCAAAAGUAAAACUGUCAACUUACUGUUUCUUCUUACCUUGACAUCAAAGGUUGAGCUAUUUUUCACCUGCUA